AUGGACAGUUCCAAACUCCUCAACAGUAUCACGCCACUCGCGGCUACCUAUUUUAACUACACAGGAACGCCUGUGAUAGGCUCUGGCAUUCGAUACGUUAUCAACUGGGCCAAAAGUAUGAAUCCUAAUCUUUUAGCCCCAACAACUUUGAAUGUUAUCGUUCCGGAAUUGCCCAAUAUUUUUGGCGGCUAUCCGUAUCCAGAGCACAAGGGUAUUGAACGUGGUCCUUCCGCUUUGUUUAUUUCGGUUUUCGGCGUCCUUGCAUUGGCAUGCUUUUACAUCACGGCGCGCAACACGAAGCGGGGUCACAACUUCUUCCUCCUUUUUGGUCUUGGUGCUUUCUGUAUCCUCAAGGUCAUUGGUUAUGCCUGUCGUUUGGCAUGGAAUGGUAAUAUCAUCAAUAUCAAUCUUGGUAUCUGUUCCAUUGUGUUUAUUCAAGUUGCACAACUUGUGCUAUUAGCACUGAAUAAAAUUUUGGCCCACCGUAUCUUCACUUGGCGCCAUCCCGAAACUGGUGCCGCGUGGUGGGUUACUGCUUUUUUCAACUUUACGUACAUGCUUGUUUUGGGUCUAAUCGCUAUGGCCAUUGUGGGUGAGGCUCUCCCGUUCCUCUACUUCCUCGGUCCCAGCUCAUGGAUGAUUUGCCAGAAUGUCAUGCAGGCUGCCGCUGUCUUGAAUGUUGUUUAUGCUUGUUUGCCUUUUGGUGCUUUGCUUUUGGCCUACGCUUUCAAGCCUGGCCAGCUUGGCCCCAACCCUCUCAAGCGUCGCAAGACGCCCACUGAGGACUUGCCGCCGGUUGUCCAGCCUUACUGGAUUGAGUCCGCCAGUCCCCUUUACUUCCCUGCCAAGGGUUCAGUUCGCAAGAUCUUCAAGGGUACCCGUGCCGCCGAUGCCAUCCGUAUUAUGCCCUCUCGUGAGCCGCCUGCUCACGGGUUGCACGAAAAUUACUACAAGCCAAUGAACCCCAAUAGCCCCAGGAUCCUAACUGCCAUUCUUACCGUCCUGAUUGGUAGUACUACCUUGCUGCUAAACACUUGUUUCCGUUGUGCAAGCUCUUUCCAGCGCAGCAAAUCAGUCAUGGAUCCAGCUUUCCACUACAACUACUGGGCGUCGCACCCCUACGUAAUGUACGUCUUCUACGGUGCCACGGAGGCUUUGGUUCUUUCCAUGUAUUUGUGGAUGCGUAUCGAUUUGCGCUUCUACAUUCCGGAUAUGGCCGGCAAGCGCUCCAGCAAAGCCCAGUUUGGUGGCGAUGACAGCAGUUUUGAUGUCGACGAGCCCAUUAUGGUUGACGAGCCUAAGGACUAUCUGGAAGAGAAUGCUCAUGUCUAA